AGAAGAUCUCCUUGCUGACGCUGAGCAAGACCAUCGGGCAGGAUCCGCUCGAUCCGUCAGAAUGCUCGUACGACGAACACAUCACAUUCUGCAAUCGCUACCACGGAUUCGAGUGCAAUGUCAUUCUGGACACGGACUUCCAUGUUCCCGCGAUUGUGCGCCACCAAACCGUUGUGUCGGUGCCCACUAGUGCCGAUCAGUGGGUGCACGACUCGGAUGGAUUCAUCAUUGUGUACCACUCAGUGUCCAAACCGUCGUUCGACCGAGUCGGACCACUGCUCGACGCUAUUGCAGGGAUCAAGGCCAAUCGCACGGUGCCGAUGGCAAUCGCAGGUUACUGCCUGGACGACGAGGACAUCCAAGUCGACGCGUGCGAAGUGCCGCUGACGGCCGCCAGCAGCCUUGGCCGGGUGUAUGGGUGCAACGCCUUGGAGUUCACUGCAGCUGCAUCCAAUAUGCGAAACAAGCCAGCCAGCGCGCGAGCGCCGUUUGCGUCGAACGAGCGAGACCGCUCGCACUCUACCGCGCCGCCUCCAGCAGCCCUCCCUUCUGUCUCUGCCGCACCAGUCGUCAUUCGCUAUGAAAAGGGCAAGGAUGCCGUCACUCUUGAGGACGGCAUUGCCAUCUUGUGCAAAACCAUCUCGAAACGCCGCAAGCCCGCAGGAAUGGCAGUCUUGCAGCAACUCACCGAGAAGGUUCGCGAGGAAGUCCAAAACCGCAAAAAGCUGCGCACAGUUGUUCGCGUCUACGAAACCAUCCCCGACGCGCCGUACGAUGAGCGGUUUUUGCACCAGCUCGCUGUCUCGGACUGGAAGAUGAACUUUUACCAGACGCAACUGGCACGAGCACUCAACAAGCCCGUAGAAGCAACACCGUCCGCUGCUGCUGCUGCUGCUGCUGGUGGUGGUGGUGGCUCCUCGUCCUUCACUGGUAGCAAGAAAAAGGCGAGUGUCAAGGCUGACAAGACAAAAGGAGCCGUCCCGCCUCCCGCCGAAGCCGCAAGAGGCGAUACCAAGAUUUCCGUCGACCUGCCCGCAGAGCCCUUGUCACUACAACCUGUCGCAGACCCACGUGCGUGGGCGCAAGCGCGCCGCGACUCUAUGAGCAGUCGCCGCCAUCGCAUUCGGGACUUGCAAACACAGCUCGAGACUGAGCAAAAGCUGCGCGCAGGCCUCGUCAAGCUGGUCGAUGUCUACUCGAGCACCAACCAGCCCACAGACCCGAGCGUCCUGGCCCAAAUUGAAGAGUCGGACAAGCGCUUUGGCGCAAUCACCACCGAGCUCGCCGUGGUGAAACGGUGCAGCCCUGACAUUGUGAGCAGCACCAACGAGUUGACGAAAGAGGGCGAGACAGUCAAGGAUGGACCCAAUCCCGCCGAACCUGCUCGCCGUGCUGGUGCUGGUGCUGGUGCUGGUGCUGGUGCUGGCAGCGGCAGUGCAGGGGGCCCUCCGUUCGACCCGCUCAAGGGGGCCAAGCCGAAGGCGUUGCUGCCCAACGCUCCUGCCGUUCCUGCUUCGCCGGCCGCCGCCGCCGCCACUCCCGAGAGCUGGGCCGCACAACGACGUUUGAGCGGAACGACCACCCUGGGCGCGCUCACGACUGUCGGUCCCACCCACCGUUGGAAACCAGACCCGACCUUGUUCCGCCGCUUGCCAAAAACCAUCGAAAAGGAUGUCACCAUCAAGCAGUCGCCCUUCGCCAAUCCUUUCAAGCGCGCUGCUGCCAACAAUGUGUCGAGCGCAAAUGGGGUUGUCGCAAGCGGCGCUGCUUCCGCCAGCACCUCCUCGGCUGCCAUCGUGCCGCCUGCAGUGGUAGCACCGCCAGCUGGAGGCACUUCGUCUUCGUCUGCCGCCUUGGCGCCUCCUGCUACCGCUGCUGCUACCGCUGCUGCGACGACCGCCAAAGAGCCCGAAAAGACCUCCACCAGCAUUAUUGGCAAAGUCUCCGUCCGCAUCAAGGGGGCAACCAACCUGCCCAAGCUCGCAGAUCCUUUCGUCAUUGUUUCGCUCGGACGGCAGCAAGUACGCACGCAGCGCGAGAAGAAGACUACCACCCCGAAGUGGGACGAGCAAUUCACCUUUGAUGUGCUCGACCUCAAGUCAGAGCUCACCUUGGACGUGUGCGAUUGGGGCAUUUUCGUCAAGGAGAGCUUCCUGGGACGGUGCGUUCUGCCCGUCUCUGGGAUGACGCAAGGCAAGACCACCACGCAAUCCAUCGCCUUGACGAGCCGUUCUGGCAAGCGCGUGGUUGGUGGCGAGUUGAACCUUUCGGUGCACUUUGAGAAGGUGACGGAGAAGAUUUCUCUGGCAGACUUUAACAUCCUCAAUGUCAUUGGCCGCGGUGCUUUUGGCAAGGUCAUGCUCGUCAAGAAGAUGAACACGGGCCGAGUGUACGCCUUGAAGGUUGUCAAGAAGAAGCAGACGAAAAACCAAAAAAUCUCCCUGCAGCGAGAGAAGGACAUUAUGCAGCGCGUUCGCCACCCGUUCAUCAUGGAAUUGCAGUUCUCCUUCCAAACAGACGAAAAGCUCUAUUUGGUCCUCGACUUUGUGAACGGCGGCGACCUGUACUUCCAUCUCAACGAGAGCGGCUACUUUUCGGAAGAACGUGCUCGCUUCUACAGUGCCGAGAUCUUCCUUGCGCUCGACUACUUGCACGGCAUUGGCGUCGUCUACCGCGAUCUCAAGGCCGAAAACGUGCUGUUGGACUUCCACGGCCACAUUCGUCUGAUUGACUUUGGCCUUGCAAAGAGCGGUCUCACAGACGGCCAGAAGACCAACACGCUCUGCGGCACCCCCGACUAUCUCGCUCCCGAGGUCUUGUUAAAGAACAGCUACGACUUUGUCAUUGAUUGGUGGGCGCUCGGAGUGCUGCUUUGGGAAAUGUUCUCCGGCACCCCGCCGUUCGAAGGCACGACCAUUGAUCAGACCUUCCAAAACACGCUCUUCAUGCAGAUUGAAGGUGCCCUGGCUACGCUGCGUGACAGCCGUGGAUUGAGCCCGCAAGCCGUCACCAUUCUACGAGGCCUCCUGCAGCGUGCGCCUUCGCAGCGUCUCGGCGCCAAGUCCGCCAACGACAUUCGCAACCAUGCCUUCUACGAAAAGCUGGACUGGACCAAGCUUGCAGCCAAGACGCUCACACCGCCCUACCAACCCCGCGUGCGCGACGAAAUGGACUUGAAAAACUUUAACAACUCGCUCACGCGCUUGCCCGCCAAGGACACGCUCGACGACCCGCUCGGUGCUAGCGACGUGCAAAACCUCCCCGACUACAAGAACUUUACGUUUGCGCGUUUCUCGGGCAACUAUGACGGCGACGUCUAUGGAACCACAAUGCAGCGCAAGGCUUCCAGACCUGGUCGGCAAUCUGUUGCACUGGCUGUGGCUGCCGCCAACCCCGCCAACAAUGCUGUUGUGGAUGACGGCUACAUGACCGUUGGCAUUGCGAAAACGCCCGGCGGCGGCGGCGGCGGCGCAAGCGGCGCGGGCGCUCCACCCAAGCCCGUUGGCUCGCACUCGUACUCGGCCGUGUUCCAGAUUGCGCGGUCGGGUCCUGUUGCUGCCGCUGCCGCUGCAGUCGAUGCUGCCGCAAUCGCUGCAGGCGAAGAGUCCAUUUACGGCUCGCCGCUGGUUUAUCUCGACCCCGCGCACCGUACCAACGAACCGGCGGCGCCCACUCCUGCGCAGGGCAUCCCGUUGUAUGGCACUGGCAUGUCGCUUACAGGCAAAGGGGCGUCGCUGCCGCCAGCCCCGGCGUCACAAGCCCCGGCAGCUAAUCACUUUGCGGCCGGCUUCAGCGUCCAGCAAGGCCGUGCUCCGCCCGCCUCUGUGGACGACGGUCCGCAGUACGCUGUGCCCGACACUUUAUCGGCCGGCAGCAAGGCGCCGCCGCAACUGCCUGCUCCGCGCGUUCCAGACAUUCCGCUUGGUGUCGACUAUGCUGCCGCCAAGUCGGCCAUUGCUGUCCAGUCGGCAAAGCAGGCGGACGCGUUCAAAGACCUGGGUGGCGUCUUUGGCCCGCUCCGCAAGGAGCGCAAUGUUGCACGGCCGCCUGUGAAUCCACGCUGGCAGCGUGCGUUAGAGCUCAUGCCCACCGUUAUGGAUGUUUGCGAGGCAGCACCCAACUACAUGGAUGUGGACGAGUUUGCUCAGGCACUCGUCUACGGCUUUGUGAGCAACGGUCUGGAGCGUGAAUUCAUCACCAGUCUGCUCGAGCGUGAAAUCUCGCAGCUGUCUGCCGCGAUUGCCGCCAAGAAGGCGCCGCAAACGUCUGCCGUCUCGAACAAGGUCAUUAUUGCCUAUGCCAACUUGGUCGGCGGGAACUACCUCCGCGGCACGUUCACCAAGCUCGUGUCUGAGCUCGUGUCGGGACCCCACAUUGAGGUGCAGGUCAAGGCCAUCACGGCUGCCAAGCUCGCCAACCACAGCGUGCUGCCGCCCUCCGUCAGCCUUACUGCUGUUCUCCAGCUGUGCGACCGCCUGCUCUCAAAGUUGCUUCAAACCGUGGAUCAGCUGCCAGUAGCCUUCCGUCUGGUUUGUCGCCAUCUGUCAUUCCAGCGCUCCAAGUACCCGAACGUGCCUUCCACCCGCAUCCAGGCACUUGUUCUCUUUGAGCACUUUUUCUUGCCCGUCUUUGCCUCUCCCGACUACUUUGGCGUGUCCGUCGUCGAGGCUGCAACGCAACUGGACGCCAACGACAACUCACUGGCGCAGCACGUCAUUGAGAUGCACAUUGCUGCCAUCAUUGACAUUCUGCAGCGCCUGGCCGAUAACGACACUUUUGAAGAUGAUGCCACCAACGCGGCAGAGCUCAACGCCUUCUUGAACAAGCAUCGCAAGCCUUUGGACGAUUACUUUUUCAACGUGCUGACGUGUGGCGAAAAUGCCAACUUCUCGGGCCAUCGACUGCUCAAGACUACGGUCAAGCACUCGUCGGCUGUCAUCGAACUCGAGUUGGGGGGCAUCAUCCAUUUCAUGACCAACGCGCUGCAGCUUUCCGUGUCUGGUGCGUCCGGAGCACGACCAAUCUCUGCUCAAAUCGGCGAGUUUGUCCUGACCGAAGACCGCCUCGAGACAAUUCGCUCCUUCAACCGAGAAGUGGCCCAUGACACUGCAUCUCGUGGAGACCUCUUGCAACGCCUUUCGGUCGUGCCCGACGAGGACGAGGGCGCUGAGGAUUAUGGCGUCGUGGCUGUGCCGUUGAACCCGACCCUGCCUCCUUCUGGUGGUGCUUCGCUUCCGCCAACGCCGGCAAAGCCUGCUCUUCCGCCCAAGUCAGUCGUUGCAGCUGCUGUCGCAGCUCCCGCGCUGCCCCCGCCGAGAGCCCAACGAGCGGUGCCCCCGCCGGUCGCUGAUAAUGGCGGGUAUGCGUCGCCCUACGAGCUGCCGAACAGGAAAUUGUCGCCUCCACCCCUCCCUGGCGCUCGAGUGGCCAAGGCUGCCCCGCCACCCAUUCCGCCGCAGACCUAUGCUGUUAUCGGCCGAGCUGGCAUCACUCCCCAGGCUGGAAGCACUGCUCCGUCUGCAUUGCAGCGGCCAACUCGCUCCGUCGUUGCGCCAAAGCCGCCGCCAUCCGUUCAGUACGACAAGCCGUUGAGCUAUGGACGCAGUGUCGAGCCCGAGGUCAUGAGCGAGUACGCCGAUCUGCACCUUGUUGACUCGCGAGGGCAAACGCUGCUUACGGAUACUGAGCGCCAGGCGUUCCGUAGCUGGCCCGCCGAGCGUGUCGCAUCGUGGCUCGUCACGCACGGCAUGGGCGAGUGUGCUCCGCAUGCCAUGACGAACAGCGUGUCUGGUGCAAAGCUUUUGGCGGUCGAUGCACCGCAACUAGCGCGUAUGCUCGGUUUGUCUACCGACUCUGAGGUCGCUCACCUGCUCUCCACUGCCAUGGCGUCGCUUCCUCGGUAGCUCAACUUUUGCUAGUUUCUCCUUGUUUUUGUGUCGUUUGUUGAUUUGUGUGUUCGCUUCUACGAGUAUGUGCGUAGUACAUUACAACCAUUGUGUCUUUGUGUUUUGUGUGUCGGUGUCGUGCAAAUAGUGUCUCAUCAGU